AUGGCCUGUAAUACCCAAACUUGUAAAGAGGAAUUUCAAUGUAAAAAUUUGGGAUUGGGUCACACUCAACCACGCCUAUUUGUAUCAUCACAGUGUGGGCCCACUAUCCUAUACCCCAUAUGGACCAUCUUCUGGCUCGUUUAUAGGGUAGUCUGGAUUGCCCUGGAAAUCUAUUGGGAUGCGGAAUCUGGUAAACUGCCAGACCCUAUGUGGAUGGUGUUCCUUACUAAUUGGGCGUAUCUUCUGCUACAUAUCGCCUCGACAUGGGACUUCGUCGCUACCCAUGUUGUCCUCGUAUGUCAGACCAACAUCAAGAAAGGUGAGAGAGAUAAUAUGCCUUGGUACCUGAUGAUUAGUUGGGUACUCUUCAACAUACAAAACGCCAUCGGAUUACUAGUGACACUCGUAUACUAUAUUGUUUUGGAUCCAGUUGCGACUCCGUCAAGCAUCAACAAACAUGCCAUGAACAGUGUAUUUAUUUUCAUCAACUUCUUUCUCUGUGCAAAGCCCGUCCGCAUUCUCCAUUUCUACCAGGUUUUGGUAUUCAUAGCAAUGUACGGUGUUUUUUCCUUGAUCUACCAGCUAACCACAGACUAUCAGAUCUACAGUAUCCUGGACUGGUACCAGCCUUGGCCCACCCUGGCCUGGGCGCUAGGGCUAGGUUUGGUCGGGGUACCACUGGCUCACAGCUUCUUCUUUGGGCUUUAUAACCUGAGGACGUGGAUAUUUGAAAAAUGUUGCUCCACGUCGAAUGCACCAACAAUAGGAACAGGAGACACCCGUGGAAACACUAUAGAGAAGUCCGCAUGA